AUGAGGCCCCCUCAGUCGUCUGAGCAGGCCCAGCCCCCCCUCAGCCUUUCCUCAAGAAAGACAUGCUCCAGACACUUGAACCAGAUCUGUAGCUCUCCACUGGGCCGGCUCCGGGAGCUCCAUGCCUCCCUUGCACUGCGGAGCCCAGAAGUGGACACAGCAGUUCAGGUGCUGCGAGCCCCUGCACAGCAGGGUCCAGGGCACUGCCUGCCGUCAGAGCCUGCAGCUCAGAGCCCGGGCUGUCUGCACGCUCCAGGCAGCUGCAAUGAAGUUGCAGCGUUUUGCGAUUUAGUAUCUAAAGAUGGAUUAUUUUCGCCAAAAGGGGAGGCCACGACCCUUAGCGCGUUCCAGGGGUCCGGGAUGACCCUCCUGCGGUGGGCACCGCGGGUUCCAGUGGCGGGGGUCUCCCUGCUCCGAGGGGCCGCCCCUCGCCUUCCAGAGGGAGCCGAAUCGCAAAAUCCUAAAAACCAGUCAAGUCCGUACAAGUGGAAAAGCCAAGCCCAAGAGAGGCAGUGCAGGGGCCGCGGCACACCUGCCCGCUCCCUCGCCUGGGGCCCGGGAGGGCGCUCAGGGGUUAAGCCCCGCGGGGGCGGGGGCGGGGGCAGCCCGGCCGGGCCCCGCCGCCGCGGCUCCCCUCAAUGGGACGGCUCCGGCGGCGGGGCUGAGCUCGGCCGUGCCGCGGGGAUGGCGCAGCUCAAUGACCUGCCCGACCACUCUCCGCGGGUGCGCGGCGCCGUGUCCGAGCUGCGGCGGCGGGCGGAGGCAGAGCCCGGCCAGCGCUGGCCGCAGCCCCUCUCCGAUGCCUUCCUGGUGCGGUUCCUGCGCGCCCGAGACUUCCACCUGGACCUGGCCUGGAGGUUAUUGAAGAAUUAUCAGAAGUGGAGAAUUGAAUGCCCAGAAAUAAGUGCAGAUUUACAACCAUCUUCUGUUCUUGGUCUCUUGCAAGCUGGCUAUCAUGGAGUCCUAAGGUCAAGAGACCCACAUGGAAGCAAAGUUCUAAUAUACAGAAUUGGACAAUGGGAUCCCAGUUUAUUUACAGCAUAUGAUGUGUUUCGUGUAAGUCUCAUCACAUCUGAACUCAUUGUAAAGGAGAUCGAGACUCAGCGCAAUGGAGUCAAGGCCAUCUUUGACCUUCAAGGGUGGAGAUUUGCUCAUGCUUUUCAAAUCAGUCCAGCAGUGGCCAAGAAAAUUGCUGCUGUUCUCACAGAUUCCUUUCCACUGAAAGUUCGAGGUAUCCACUUGAUUAAUGAGCCUUUAUUCUUCCACCCAGUCUUCGCUCUAAUUAAGCCUUUUCUCACUGAAAAAAUAAAGCAACGGGUGUACAUGCAUGGAAAUAACUACUUGCAGAGUCUGACUGAACACUUCCCCGUCAGCAUUCUCCCACGGGAAUAUGGCGGGGAGGAAGUCUCCAUUGAAGAGCUGGCCAAGGAAUGGACUGACUUCAUAAUGGCAUCUUCAGAUUAUCUUCAGAGCAUUUCUCUGGUUGCCUAGGAAUAACCUUAAUGCAGCAUUUUAUCAAUUCUUGAACGCUGGAAUUAGAAAUAAAUUUAAUAUGAAAAUUUCCAUUGUGAAUGAAACAUUCACAUUACAUUGUGAAAGUAUGUCUUUGCAGGGCACUCACUGUUAUGUUGGCUGCACUUUUAUACUAACUGGAGUCUAUCAGUUUGUAUGUCUGAAGAGAUUAUUGAAUUUUACAUGUUUGUCAUGCUGUUUGUUAUUGAGUAACUUGUAUGCCAGAAGGCUGAAGAGUGCAUAGGAUAUCAGAUUCAUACUGCUGCUGUUAGGUCUUUGGAGACAACUCAUCUGUAAUAAUGUAGUCCAGCACCUUUACACUUAGCUCUUGUAUCUUGGCUUGUCAAGACAAUACAAAACAAAGAAUAGACUGUGAAUAGGGUAGUUUGUUGCAGAAAUAGACUACAGGGCUGAUUUACAAGGAGUGAAGGGGCUGCUUUUUGGGUUGAUUCUCAGGGAAAAAAUGCUGCUUUGUUAGUUUGUAUCAAAUGGAAAAUUAGUCAGCAAUAGUGUGAUAUUUGUGCUACUCUUUGUGCUGCUUGUGCAGCUUCCCUUUUUGUCCUAAUUAACAGAGUAAUCUUCAAGUUUUACAGAAAAACACCACGUACAUAUUCUUCAAAGGACAGUGUGAAUCAGGGGGAGGAACUGAUAAAAAAGUCAUAACAACCUUGAAAAUUUUGGUCACUUUGGACCUCAGCAUAGGAGAUGCUUGGUAUUGUCAUUUUAUUUUUAGUACAGUAACUGUUGUUAACUCUGUUUUGUUUUUGCAUAAGCACUAUGUAUCUAAGCAUUCCAUAUGAAUUUUCCUAUUAAUAAAUCCAUAAAAAAUGCUUUUAUCUCAGGUAGCUAGAGACUAUAACUUCAGUUAUUUUGUAAUUUUUAGGAUAUUGGAGAGGUAUAUAGGCAUAGGGAAUAGAAAUGAAACUAUCCUAUUAUAUUAGAAAUGUCUUACUUUAGAUCAUGAUUAGUAAGGCUUUAUUGCAAGAGUCAUUGGAAACUAUUCUUUAUUAGUAAGAGGAACAUCUAUGAAAGACCCCUUAGAGUACUUGUUGGUUGUAGUUUCUUCUGCUGUGGUAAGAUCAAUGCCAGAAAUUCUUUCAAAACUGACAACCUCCUUUUUUUUUUCCCUUCCAAUUUCCAAAUUUCCUGAAGUGCCUUCUUCAUUUUUCUCUUUCAAAAUAUUUUUGAUAUGGGGCCUAAAUUUAAAGAAACCUUAUUCAGAUAUAUGAUUAUGUGAAAAUGUAUUUCAAAUAUGUUUCUUUUUUCUCAGAUUUUGUGAUCCUAUCUUGUGAUAUACUGUUUUGUGAUACAAAAGCUCCUUAAAUAGAGGAGUUCAAUGAACUGCGAAUUCUUCUUUAUAAGAAAAUAGACUAAGUAGUCCGGUAUCUGGCAAUUGUUCAAGUGUGUAACUCAAGUUUCAAGUAAUUUCCCAGCUGGAGACCCGAAGCUAUUGUCUUAAUAUUACAGUCCUCCAAUUUUAAUCUGUGAAUGUAAACUGCACAAAGAAAUGAACCAUGUUUCAGUGAACAAGAAAACUUAAACUUCUCCUAUGAACCCAAUCUCUGAUUGCUACUGGUUUAUGUAGCAGAAACCUCAUUGGAUUGCAUAUGUAUAUGCAUAUUUAGCUGGGGCUUUUUAAUCUUUAUUUGGACUUCACCAGCUCUAUGAAUAUAAAAUCCUAAAUUGUCUUCAAAAAUACCCUGAUCCUGUUAUUAAGUGGUAGCAUGCUUGCCUAACUCAGCAGUUAGAGCACUGAGUCCUGAACUGUUAAUUAUUUUUUAAUGUUUACAUAUUAUAUAAAUGGUGGGAACUCUUAAUUGCCAUUGCUGCGAAUAAUAAGGACACAAUAUAAUUGGAACAUUUACGUAAUGAAGUGAAGAUAUUGGUAUGAUGUGCGGCGGUGCCGCAGCUUUGAGCAGCAGCCAACAAAACGAAGACCCCUAAGUGCAUUAUUCUUUAUAAACAUCAGGAGUGCCUCUAAAAAAAUAAAGUUCUUGUUAAACGGUAUAAAUAUAAUUUACUACUGACCGUAAGCACGAUGUAAUGCACAAUUUAAUUUUAUUUUUCCUCUGUUUUAACUGUAUUAACAUAUGCUUUAAUUAAUAAACCCUUUCUGGUCGA